GGAUUAUGUGGACUUUACUUUACGCGUGCCUGUGUCCAAAGUUGGAUACGCGUCUCACGAACAAUAUUUCUGCAUGCAUGAGUCGGUGGCGGAAUCGAGUCACAUCAGUAAGAUUCACCACGCCAGCACGAAAGAGCAGAAUGGAGUGCAUGAGUCUCAACACGAAAAGGUCCUCAGUGUCACUGGGGAUGGAAUUAUUCAAAGUCCUGACUUCCCCAACACUUAUCCCCGGAAUACAGUUAUAGUGUGGCGGCUGGUGGCAGUCACAGAAAGUUCCAGGAUCCAGCUGACCUUUGAUCCUCGCUUUGGCCUGGAGGAUGCCGAGGACGGCAUUUGCAAAUAUGAUUAUGUGGAGGUGGAAGAGCCUGUCGGAGGCGUGGCGUUGGGGCGUUGGUGUGGCUCAGAGAUGGUUCCGGGGCCCCAGGUGUCCAAGGGGAACCAGAUCCUGAUCCGCUUCGUCUCCGAUGAAUAUUUUCCCUCGGACCCAGGAUUCUGCAUCCGCUACUCUUUGCUUCAGCAGAGGCAGUCGGAGCCUGAGGCCCCUGCAGUGAUGCCUGCAUGGAUGCAGAGUGUGGAUGUUCUGAGUGAAGCUGUAGCUGGAUUCAGCACGAUGGAGGAAGUAAUGAAAUACCUUGAGCCGGAACGCUGGCAGGUGGACAUGGAGGACCUCUACAUGCCUACCUGGCAGGUGGUGGGCAAAUCAUUCAUCCACCAAAAGAAAUCCAGAGGAGUAGUGGACCUGAACCUGCUUCGUGAGGAGGUACGGCUUUACAGUUGCACUCCACGGAACUUUUCCGUCUCAUUGCGUGAGGAGCUGAAAAGGACGGACGCCAUCUUCUGGCCCAGCUGCCUGCUGGUGAAGCGCUGUGGAGGGAACUGCGCAUGCUGCUCUCACAACUGCUAUGAUUGCCAGUGCUCGCCCACCAAAGUGGCCAAAAAAUACCAUGAGGUUCUGAUGCUGAAACACAGGGCAGGGGGUCGGGGGCUGCAAAAGACUCUAACGGAUGUCUCCCUGGAGCACCAUGAGGAGUGUAGCUGUGUGUGUAAAAAUGACUCCGACUAAAGCAGUCCCAGGGAGAGAGCAACACUGGCCCCCAACAGACUCGACCAGGGAAAUAGUUCUUGCUUGAUGCAUAAAUGAGCAAAAGAGUUUUUACCCUGACUUUGCAAACUAAUGAAACCCAGCGCUGGCUAUCUUUUUAUUUUGACUUAUCUAAGCCUGCGGUUCCAUUCGUUUUUGGGCUCUCAAAUCCAUAGAGAAUUGACCCAUGCAGAAGUUUCCAUUGGCCCUAUGAUAGCAUGGAAUGUCAGGAGGAAAAUUGGACACGGUCUUGCUUCUCUGUGUGUAUGUGGAGGUUUUGUACAUUCAUGGAUCUUUUUCUGUGUGUGAGUGAAUGUAUAGAGCUGUUCAGGAACUUAGGUAUUCCAGGAUAACUACAGAGCCUGAAGUGAGUUUGCUAUUACUUGUGGAACAAGUGGAUUUGACGUGUUCUUUUAUAUAAUUUUUCUCUUUGCUUUUUUUUCACAACUUAAAAAUAUCUAAGGACCUUGACUAUGCAUCAGCUUUCAGCAAUCCAAGGACAAUUUUGAGGUGGCAUGGACUUUCUCCUCAAUAACAUCCCAAAGAAAUUAAUUACACUGUGUCAUAAACCAGCAAUCAGUCACCUACUCAUUACUGAAUCAGCACUCAUCACUGAAAUCAGACAUUUUUUAUGAAUAAUUCAGAAAGAAUAUUUUAGGAAAGAUAAGGAUGUCCCUCUUUUUUUUUUUUAAACCAGAGCUGAGUGAUCAUGCAUCUUCUGCUCUUUUGCUGUGUACUAUAGACUCUUAUGAGAAUGGCUCAAGAGAGAACACUAAAAUACAAUAGUGAAUCUUGUGUAAAUAUAUUUCAAAUUGUGAUUUGUUGACUUUUCCUUUGUCAUGACAGUUUUUGGUACCAAAUUGUGGGCUUGUAAGAAUCGUUUUUCCCCUUUCAUAAUCACUGUAGUAUUUUCAGUAUUAGUCCCUCUUUUUUUAGAGACAUUUAUACUUUUGUGUUGUUUGAAUAGUUGUUUUAAUUGCGUAAUAAGAUUGUUAUUUUGACUGGAGACAAAAUGAAAACUGUUAGAUGUUCAUGUAAAUAGACAUUUUAGAAGUUAAAGGGACAUAGAACUGCCAGUACCAUAUUCCUCUACCAUUAAACGAUUAACUAAAUUGUUGUGGUUUUUCCAAAUGGCGCUUAAAGCAUUGGUUUGCUCAGGUAAUCUGCAGUUGUCACAAAAUUGCAAAGUAUUGCCAGGGAACCCUAUAACCAUGAACUAUUUACUGCGAUCUCACUUCAGUCUUUGAGAGCGUAAUUAGAUGUUAAUGAUGUAUCUCUGCAUUAAGACAGGCAUCUUUCUCAUAAACUUUUCAAGAGUAAAAUCAUGUGACUGCCAGUGUUACUCUCAGCAUUCCUUGAAUAAUGGACACAUUUAAUUUCCUUUUCACUUGUUUUAGGCAAAAGAGUUUAUCUUGUCUGCAUGCAGUAGAUGACAUGCGAACAUUAAAACUAUAACAAAACAUGACAUUGGUGGAAAAUGAAGACAAUGUGAUUUGCUCAAAUUCAGUUUUGAUUGACUGGAAAAGGGAGCCUAGUAAACAAGACAUGCAGCAUUAUUUGCAUCUUUUUUUAAUCCGCCUUAGAUGACCU